AUGUCUCUCUUCACUGUGUUCGAAUCCAUUCCAAUGGAGUUGAUGAAGAAAUGUUUCGAGGUGAAUUACUUUGGAACUGUACGCUGCACUAAAGCUGUGAUUCCAUACAUGAAAGCAAAAGAGAGUGGUCAUAUAAUCAACAUCAGCAGCCAUGCUGGAGUAGUUGGAUUUCCUACUGCUGAAAUUUACAGCUCAACAAAGUUUGCCGUGGAAGGGCUGACUGAAUCAAUGGCACCAACUCUUCGCCAGUUUAACAUCAGGUACUUUGUUGCUAAUUGUUAUUAUUACUUCUUUAAAGAAAUUUAUUGAUAAUCUCAUACAAAAAAGCAUUCAGAGCAGCAUUCAGAGCAGCAUUCAGAGCAUAAACUACGUCGCCAUAAACAAAGAUUUGGAAAAUUACCACGGCGUGACCACAGCUAUAUUCGACAAAGAGUAAAAUUUGUUAUAAUCAUGGUUACAAUGACAUUGCAGUUGUCAUAGCAGCGAAAUGACGCCAUUACCUAUUUUACUUGCAGCCAUGUUUCUCGGCACGGGGAACUUUUCUUCCAAAAUUUUUCACGGGAACUUUUUCCCCCAAUAACCGCCUCGAUGUUCGUGAAGUUUAAGCGAAAUCUGUGUUGGGAGUUAUCGAGAUAUUUUUGGGAUGUGAGUUUUUAUGGUUUUAAGAACAGGACAAUCUUGAUGUUCGGCCGUUAUCUGUAGAAAACUAAGCGCUUUUGAAAUGCAAGUUCACCUUAUAGUAGUUUCAGUCUUUUUUAAAACGUAUGUGAAAGAUCAUGGAGGUAGCUCUAGCCGAAUGUUAGAAAGAAGGAUUUCAUUAGUACUUAUCGAGGGCUCCUGUUUUCGGUUUUGUAAACAUUUAAACAAAUAAGCGAAUAAUUUUUGAACCGCCUAAUCCAUUUUUUUAAGAAUUUGAAAUUCUCGAGAUCAGCCGUGGUUUCAUAUCAUCUUUGAUUCCAUAAUUCGCUAUUAUUUUUUUUUUGUCAGAAAUUUCGUGUUUACUAGUUAGAGCCUCUCAUUAUUCAGAGGUAUUGUCUCCAAGUUUCAUAUUAUCGUGGACAAAAAUAGCUAACAUUUCUGCCUAUUUCAAAUGUAUUGUUAGUUACUGUUGUUCCCGUGAAAAUAAAACUUGGAAACAAUACCCUGAAAAAUAAGAGCACUCACUUGCAGAUUGACUAAUUCAUAGAUUCUUGUUUCUUAGGUGCACGAUCAUUGAACCAGGUCCUGUUGAUACUCCAAUGAAAGAUAGCAAUAAUUUUAUUGAGGGUGUGGACCUGUCAUCCGCUGACCCAAAGACCGUGCUUAUACGGGACAGAGUGAUUAGCCGCUGGGGUACUUUCUGGGCUCAGCCGGAUAAGGUCUUGACUGCACCGCAAGUAGCAGAGGCUAUAAAAGAAGCGAUUCUGAGCGAAAAUCCAAACUUUCGCUACCAAACCAAUAAGCGUUACUGCCCCGAUGAAAUUGAGGCGAAACUGGCUGACAUAACUGGGAAUAAGCCCGUUGAUAUUAUCACUAAACGGUUUUGCGCCGAGUAA